CUCAAGAAGUCGCAGCAGUAUUUAGUAAGAGGAAAGGAAGAGCAAGAUCAACAUUGCCCUUAAGCUCUAGUAGCUCAGGAGCUACUAGUAGCAAAAAUGAAAGUGGGGUGGAUGAUAAAUCGUUUAAAAGGAGAAGAGUAUUAAUAGAAGGUGGUAAGCUUUCUGACCUAAAGCCUGAUCUGGCUAAACAAUGGACAAGCCAAUCGCGGGAUGUGAGGCAAAAGCUGAUUCCAGCUAUUACAAAAAAAUUACCAGGAUAUCGGCACCAUUCUGACGCAAUUGAAAAAAAUUUAAAACAGCAUCAUAAGAUGCAGCGUCAGACAGCAACAAUAAAUGCUGAUCCAAAAUUAAAGGCCUACAAUCGCGCCAGAAUGGGGAAAAAUAGUAUUGGCAAACCAACGUGUGAACAUAAAGGAUCUAGAAACCUGAUUUUCAAAUAUGAAGGUAUUAGCGAACCAAUCAUUGAAUGCGAAGAUAUUAGUGAACCGAUUAUUAAAUACGAAAGUACUGGCGAACCGAUUGUUGAAUGCGAAAAUAUUGAAGAAAUGAUUUUUGAAUAUGAAAGCACAGGCGAAACACUGUUUGAAUAUGAAAGUACUUUUGAUGCAACUUUUAUGUAUGAAGGUACAGAUGAAUGA